AUGCCUCUUUCCGCGCAGGACGUGCUGCGCGUCAACGGCAGCCGCCGCUUCGCCGCCGCGAUGGCGGCCGCCUCCCCCUUCGCCUCCCUCGCUGACGCCCUCCUCGCCGCUCGACGCAUCUGGCUCGACGAGGUGGAUGUCAACGGAUGGCUCGAGGCCUUCGCGGCGCACCCGGCUAUCGGAACCACCUCCCCAUCUGUCUCCAAGUGGAGCAAGGAGGAGCAAUCAGCAGCGCUCUCCACAGCCACGGAUUCGACGGCCCAGGAGCUGGCAGAGUGGAAUGCCAGGUACAGGGAGAAGUUUGGCUUCGUGUUCAUGAUUUGCGCCUCUGGGAGGACUGCACCUGAGGUCUUGGCUGAGCUUAAGAGGCGUUACACGAAUAGGCCAAUUGUUGAACUUGAGGCUGCAGCACAGGAAGAACUUAAAAUAACUGAACUACGCCUUGCGAAGCUUUUCUCAUCGGAGCCUACUGUUCCCUCCACUACAACUGAAGGCCCUGCCACCCAAUCAGAUAAAGCAGCAGAUCGCAUACGGUUUAUUGGAGCACAUCUUGGAGCUCUCCCUCAGCCUUGUGCCAAUAAAGCUCCUGAAAUUACAGGUAGCUCCAACCGAAGUCGGCCUCCCAUUACAACUCAUGUGCUGGACACUGCCCGUGGAUCGCCUGCGUCUGGAAUUGAAGUUCACUUGGAGAUGUGGAAGGAUUCUUCAGCUCCUCCAUCAUUCAGCAACAAAGAUUUCAGCGGAUGGGCAACUCUAGGCUAUUCAGUUACAAACAAUGAUGGACGCAGUGGUCAGCUGAUGGACAUCGUCGAUAACAUUGCUCCAGGCUUCUACCGCAUAAGCUUCAACACUGCUAAGUAUUCGCCUGCAGGGUUCUUCCCUUACGUCAGCAUCAUAUUUGAGAUCAAGGAGAACCAGACGGCAGAGCAUUUUCAUGUUCCUCUCUUGCAUUCCCCUUUCUCAUUCACCACUUACCGUGGAAGCUAA